AAAGUGUGCCAGUUCCAUUUUGUUUUUACAUUGUUUUGUCAUGGAGACUUGUCUUUACAUUGGUCUGGUCAUUUGGGCUGGAUUUGCUGCAACUGUUGCUGCUAAUGCAGAUAUUCAAGUAGUCUGUGGAAAUGACUCUGUAAGUGUCAUAUGGAAGAUCAGUGCAGAGUUAGUGCCAUAUGCGUCCCGUCUCUUUCUUGGAAGCUGCAUGCCGUCUUAUCUGAAUCAACUGCCUAGUGGUGAGGGGGAAGCACAGUUCAGCUAUCGGUUUGCUGACUGCAAGUUUAAGAAACUGGUUAAAAGAAAAUAUAUUGCUCAUAAAAGUUACCUGACCUACAGACCAGAUGCAAGGCCAAAGCCUCCAGCCUUUGUGUAUCCCAUCAAGUGUGUUCAUGAAAGACAUGAGCAGGGGGGUUCCCCACUACUAAACCCUGCAAUGGGUAUGUCUGAAAGCCAGGGUGGUCUUGUCUUCCACAUGAUGCUCCUUAAUGAGCAGUUAACGGGUGUUGCUGAGACAAAUGUUGUCUCCCUGGGCUCUUUCAUGCCGAUAUGGGCAGUAGUGGAGCAGAUAUACCACCAACCUUUGCUACUGCUCAUGGAGAAAUGUGUGGUAGCCAGUACACCACAACUGCAGCCUGACAGCCAGGUGUACCCCAUCAUUGGCAAUAAGGGAUGUCUCCUGGAAAGCAAGAAUAGCAACUCUGUGUUCCUUCCUCGGUACCACUCUUCUUCUCUCAUCCUCUACCUGCAGGCCUUCAACUUUCCUCUGGGGGAGGUGUACAUCCACUGUAAACUGGUUGCAUGGAAUCCUGAUGCUCUUGAUGAAAGCAAGAAAGUCUGCCAUUAUGUAAAGGAAACUAGCAGCUGGAGCCUACUUGAUGACCCAUUUCAGAGCUCCCUCUGUAGCUGCUGUGACUCAACCUGCAAGUCCCGUUCCAGAAGAGAAGCUGACUGGGAAUCCCACAGCCUGAGUUAUAAUUCUGUGUUGGGACCUCUGGUCAUUGUGGGACCUGUCUGACUCAAAGGAUCACAAUUUGAG